AUGGCCGCCACAGAGAUUGCUUGGAUCCUGCUUCUGGCAUUGACAGUGCUAGAUUUUGUCAAGACGGCCAACGGCCGUUCUCCCUUUUCAACAGGCGUAGACUACGAGGAUUCAGACGGCAAGUCUACUAUCAAGAAAUCCACCUCCCACCGGUUAACGGGAAUCCUGGUCUUGAGUCUCGCGCUUCUAGGCCUUCUAAUAGCGGGAUAUGCGGCCAUAUGGACGCUCCUGCAUUCCAAUGGUGAUGCUGAUGAGAGAUAUGUUGUCCUGGGCUCCUGGCAGAGACUGGCGGCAUGGAUGUUAGUCAGUGUACAGAGCAUUCUGUUGCUACCAAUGCGAGUGCCGAUGCUAGAACGCUUUCAGAUCGGCACCCAUAUAGCAUUGGGUGUGUCGGCUCUGCUCCUCGUAUUAGUCGCAGAGAUGUAUCACUUGGUCGAGUUCCAUGAUCAGCACCAGCUUCCUCCACCAGACGAUGGCCCUUGGAAGACAAUGCUCGGGAUGAUGGUAGGGCAGGUACUCGUCGCCAUCGUGAUCAUUGCCGCCUCUCUGUCUCUCCCUGCCCGCCCGCAAUUGAGGCAUGAGGGGAAGCCUGUGGAUGCCCAGUUCAGUGUAUCCGUCUUGAACAGAUGGGUUUUUGGUUGGGCGACCCCAAUUCUCCAGUUAGCAGCCAGUGACCAGCACAUCAUGGUUGGCAGCCUUCCGAUGAUGGAUCAUCAUACACGCUCGGCCAAUCUGUACCGGCGGAUGGCAAGGAUAAUGAACAGACACCCGGUGCCGCAUCUGUGGAAGGCUUUGGCGAGUGCCCAUAGGGCUUCGAUCGCUCAUGUAUGGACCAUUGCAUCCAUCACCAGCGUUUUGAACUUUGGGCCGUUCUAUUGUCUGUAUCGAACCGUGUCUCUGCUCCAGGAGCAUCAAGGAGAGGCAACGCAGCCGCCGCUCGCAGUCCUAUUCUGGGGUCUAUCGAUGAGUGUGUGUCUCCUGGCACAGUAUGUCAUGCAGACUCAGGUAGAAUGGACGGCCAACUCGCGUCUGGAAAUACCAAUUCGCACACAGUUGGCGUCGAUGAUCUAUGCCAAAGCCCUUCGCAUGAAGGACAUCAAAAAGGACCACCAACAACAAGAACAAGAAGAGCCGGAUUACCAGGAGGAAAGCGCGAAUCUGGUCACACUCGAUUCAGCCCGUAUCGCAGACUUCUGCGCGAGAUGCUACAUCUAUCCCAGCUCACUCAUAAUGCUGGUGAUUUCCAUUCUAGUGCUGACACGGCUGAUCGGCUUCACGAGUCUCGCAGCCGGCCUUGGGGCCCUUGUGCUCCUCCUCCCGGUCAAUUACAAAGCCUCCAAAGCCUACACGACGGCACAGAUCAAAGUCAUGAGGCACCGCGAUGAGCGAAUGGCACUGGUCACGGAAGCCAUUCACGGCAUCCGUGUUGUCAAGAUUGCCAACAUGGAGACGUUCUGGCAAAGGAAGAUUAUGCGGGCUCGCGAUCAUGAACUGGCCGAGCAACGGACGGUGUUCGUCUGGAUCUCCAUCAUGCGAUGCCUGUGGUUGGUCUCCCCGGUGCUCCUGUGCGUCGUCUCGCUGAGUGUCUAUGUCUUCCUGCAUGGUGAUCUCCGGCCGGCCGUUGCCUUCACCGCGGUGGCCAUCUUCGAGAGUCUGGAGGGAGCGCUGUCCGGGAUUCCAUUCGCUGUAGCGCAGACCAUUGAGACUGCAGUCAGCUGUAAACGUAUUGAUGCCCACCUGGCGAAUCCAGAGCAGGUCCGCUACGCCACUCCCAAUGACGACCAUGGUGCAGAAAUCGAGUUGGCCAACGCCACGAUUGCCUGGCCGCAGGGUCCGGAUGAGAGGUGCAGCAGUGCGAGUGUCAGCUCCCGUUUCACCCUGCACCAGCUCACUUUCCAGAUCCCCCACGGGCAGUUGACAGUCGUCGCUGGUCCCAGCGGGUCUGGCAAAUCCCUGUUGCUGGCUGCUAUCGUGGGGGAGGCCGAAUUGAUUGCUGGCAGCAUCAGGAUGCCCACCGACGCAGUUUCUAUUGCGUGUGUGACCGAGGCCACCUGGCUCGAAAACGCGUCCAUCCAGGAGAACAUUCUCUUUGGUCGUGCCUUGGAGCAGACGCGGUACGAGCAGGUGAUUGCUGCCUGUUGUCUUGGGCCCGACCUGCGCACACUCGCAGCCGGCGAUCGGACGCAGGUGGGCGCUCAUGGAGUCACUCUGAGCGGCGGCCAGCGGUGGAGGAUUGCCCUGGCUCGGGCAUUGUACGCGCCUACUCCCUUCCUGGUGCUGGAUGACAUCUUCAGCGCAGUGGAUGCCCGCGUCCGAGAGCAUCUCCUGCACGAAGCCAUUCGGGGCAGUCUGGGUGUUGGACGAACCAUCAUUCUUGCCACUCACCAUCUUGCCCUUGUUCGUAGUUACGCAGCCUGUACCAUUUUCCUAUCGGAGAGCCGGCAGGCCACUUGCGAGCGAGAAUCUCCUAGGCCAGAGGCACGGAUGAAGUUAAUUGACCCCUCGAAGCAGACACCACAGUUGGCCGAGACAGCCAGUACGCCCCCAGAGCAGUCACUGGAGGACGCUGAAGCUCGACUGAAGGGAUCGGUCCCCUGCACGACAUACUGGAGAUACCUGCAGUUUGCGGGCAGCCUGCCUGCUGCUGUCAAGGCAGUGGUCGCCGUUGCCUUGCUUCAAGGCGCCAUCUUGGGUCGGAACUGGUGGUUGAAUAUCUGGACCGCGCAGGAGCCCUCAUCCAACACAUCAACGGUACAGUACUACCUGGGUAUCUACGUGGUAAUCUCGGUGCUCAGCGCGGUCCUGGAGAUGGUGAAAUGCCUGGCCACAUACCUGCCUGCGCUCGAGGCUUCUCGUCGACUGGUCGCUGCCAUGACCGAAUCGAUUCUGCGAGCGAAGCUCCGAUGGCUCGACACCAACCCAGCAGGACGCAUUCUCAACCGCUACACGGCCGACGUCUUCAUCAUGGACACUCUAAUCCCCGGAGACGUGCAUAUCUUCCUCGCCGCCUGCUUCUCCUUUGUCGCCGUGUGCACCGCCGGGAUUACCGCAUCAUCCCCCUACAUGGCGAUCCCCCCAGCGGCCCUCUUGGUCGUGGCCGGGUACUACCAGUCCUGGUACAUUCAUACAGCGCGCGAGACACGGCGACUGGAGAACAUAUCUCGAUCGCCGGUGCUAGAUCACUUCAAUUCCACUGCGCUCGGUAUAGGCACGAUCCGCGCCUUCGGCCGUGUCUCGGACUUUCGACGGCGUAUGUUCACACUGCUGGACCAGGUGAGCCGCAUCAGUUGGUCCUUUGCCCUGGUAACCCAGUGGAUGACCUUCCGCAUGGGCGUCCUGGGCUCCUUCUUCCUGGCAUGCGUCGCCGUCGGGGUGGCGACCCGCGGACCAGCGCUGGCAGGCUUUGCACUGAGCUUCGCGCUGCGUCUGCCCCGGAAUCUGGAGACGGCCGUGCGACGAUACGCCAACAUCGAAAUUAGCAUGACGUCGACGGAGCGACUGCUCGAGUAUGUGGAUAUCGAGACUGAAGAAGAUGCGGCAUCGGCGACCUCAUAUGCUCCCGCAGCAACACCAUGGGCGCGUCACGGCGGCACCGUAAUGGUGAACGGGCUGUAUGCCGGCUAUGGGCCCGGCUUGCCCGACACAAUCCGCGGUCUCUCGCUGGAGAUCCAGGCCGGCGAGCGCGUGGCCAUUGUCGGGCGGACGGGGGCGGGCAAGUCUUCACUCUCCCUGGCGCUCAUGCGCUUCCUCGACAUCCGGCAGGGGACCAUCUUGGUUGACGGGGUGGACAUCACUCGCGUCGCCCUGUCAUCACUCCGUUUGCACGUAACGUUCAUCUCACAGGAUCCGAUUCUCUUCCAGGGCACGAUCCGGUCCAACCUCGACCCGGAGGGUCAGCACAGCGAUGCGAUGCUCGAGCAGAGUCUGCGGCAGGUUCACCUCCUGCCUGCAGACGGUGACAGGGAGGAAGCUUACUCCUCGUCAUCAAGAUUCGGCCUUACCCUGGAUAGUAGCAUCUCUCCUCGCGGGUCCAAUCUAUCGCAGGGCCAGCGACAGUUAGUUUGCCUGGCCCGCGGGAUGCUUUCCGGGUCGAGGAUUGUAAUCACCGACGAAGCCACCAGUGCAGUGGACACGGCGAUGGACACCAAGCUGCAGCGCAGUCUCCGAGAGCAUUUCCAGGGCACCACCGUCCUGGCCAUUGCGCAUCGUAUUAGUACGAUCGCGGAUUAUGACAAGAUUCUGGUGAUGGAAGAGGGCAGGGCAGCUGAGUUUGGCACUCCUGCAGACCUUUUGGCAAACACAGGGGGGGCCUUUUGGCGUCUUGUACAUGAUAGCGAAGACCGGGAACAGAUUGUGGCUACGAUUUCUUCUUCCAUGGCACUGUAG